GACAAGUCAGAGACAUUUCCAUUGCUAUUUAUUAGAGUUCAACAAUUGAAAGGGCAAUUAAGCUGGGAUGGCUUUGGUAACAAGAGAGGAAUUGCUGGCAACUUUGGUGCCGUAUGCGGUUUACUGGAUAUAUUCAGGGAUUUAUGUGGUGUUCGAGUCGAAGUUGGACAAGUACAAAUUGCAUUCCAAGAAAGAAGAGGAGGAGAAGAAUCUGGUGUCUAGGAAAGCAGUCUUCAAAGCUGUUGUUAUCCAUCAAAUCAUGUCAAUUGUUAUGAAUCUCUUCAUAUUCGCGGCAAUAAGAGAAAAGGAUGGAGAGGCAUCUCCAAGGAAACCUUUAACCAUGCUUGCUUUAGUUAAGCAAGUGAUUAUAGCGAUGCUGGUUAUCGAUACAUGGGCGUUUUUUGUGCACUGGUACUUGCAUCAGAACAAAUUCUUAUACCGACACAUUCAUAUACCACAUCACCGGCUGGUUGUUCCUUAUUCAUUUGGAGGACAUUAUAUGCAUCCGAUAGAGGGGAUCUUGGACACCAUGGGUGGGACAUUAGCCGUACUCCUCUCUGGCAUGUCUCCUCGAACUAGCACGUUUUUCGUUUCGUUUACCCUCAUUAAAGUAGUGGAUGAUCAUUGCGGGAUGAAACUUCCUGGAAAUCCCUUUAACCUGUUGAGCAACAAUUCUGCAUACCAUGAUGUCCACCAUCAGCUUUAUGGUACCAAAUACAACUUCUCUGUCUACUUUGACAUAUGGGAUAAAAUUCUUGGAACCUAUAUGCCUUAUACACUUGAGAAGACUCCUGAAGGAAGACUUGAAGUAAGACGUGCUGAUAUAGAGCACAAGCAUGAUUGAUUGACUAAUUAAUUAGUCAAUUAUGAUGACUAUUGAGCAUGGAUUGACGAUUAGUCCAUCCGUUUUUAUAUGUACAUGUAUAAUUAUAUACUAUGUUUCACUGAAAAUAAAGCCGAUUCCAGUGUGAAACUAAAUAUUAUUAAUAAAACUUGAAGCUUAUAUGCUUCAACUGGUUUUAUCAGU